AAGUCUUCAAGUGUAACUAUAUCAGUCCAGCAAAACUCUUAAAAAAUGUACACGAAACUCGCUGUUGUGUCCCUGAUGGUUGCCGCAGUUCUUGCAGUGCCUACUCCAGGAGGCGGCGGCGGACACAAACACGUGACCAUCCACGUUCCGUACAAGGUACACACCAUCCAUCACCACCACGUGAGCAAGGUACCAUACCCCGUGCACCAUACCGUCGUGAAGGAGGUACCAAUCUACAAGGAGGUACCAGUUAUCAAGCACGUCCCCGUGCCCGUGGUCCAGCACGUACCUUACCCCGUCAUCAAGAAGGUGGAAGUGGAGAAGCAGGUCUUCGUACCAGUCCACCAUCAUGAGGAGCACCAUGGAUGGGAAAGCGAGUCGUUGUCACAUGGCUGGAACUGAUUUUAGUCAAGUUGUAAAUAUUUUAAGGUUUAAUGUUACCAGUAGCAGAUUAUCAUCACAGGAACCAUGUCUCUGAUUUGACAACUUUAUUAC